GUGAAAACAGCGGAGGAGAAGGCGAGAAAACACGGAAUAAACCGACAUACUGCGGGUGUUUGAGGCGGUGGUGACCGGAGGCAACGAUGGUGCAGAAGAAGAGCUUCCAGCAGAGUCUGGAGGACAAUAAAGAGAAGAUGAAGGAGAAGCGGAACCGGCGGCUGAGCGCGGCGGCUUCGGCCCGGAGAUCAGUGCAGCUCCGGGGAGCAGCUGCGGUGAAGCCGUUGGUGCUGAAGAGCGUUCAGGCCAACAAUAAAGCUCUGGCCGUGGCUCUGCAGGCGGAGCGGGAGAAGGUUCGACAGGCGCAGGGAGUCAUUCUGCAGCUGAAGAAGGAGAGACAAACACUGCUGUUCCACCUGCUGAUGCUGAAGAGGACACUGAGAGAGAGACCCGCGCUCAUCACACCACAGGAGGUUUCUCCUCCUGAAGAGACGAGUCCCCCGAGACCAGCUCAGCCUGUCAGUCCACGGCCUGUGGAUGUGUGUGAUGAUGUCCAGCAGCUUCCGUCAGCAGAGGCACGUCUCUCUGCAGAUGCUCGAUCCGUGUCUUUGCCUCCUACAGUGGGAAUGAGGAGGAAACGCUGCUCUGGGAUGAAGCGGAGACGCAGCUCUCGCUUUAACUCAAACCCUGAGCAGAUGGAGGAGAGUGGAGCCCAGCCCAGUGUAGAGGACCUACAUCAACAUCAGCAGGCUGAAGAGGCCCGUGUGCAGCCGGUGGAGCCUGACGUCCAGCUCUGCAUUGCUGAAGCUCCAGCGCGCAAGAAGAGGAGCGCACAGCCUAAAGCGGAGCGAGGCCGCAAGGCGGAUCGGGCCCCGCUGAAGAAGCCCUGGGAGAACCACAGACCCCGAGCCCGAUCCAAGAGCAGAGAGCGACCACAGAGCCGAGCAGGAGCCACGCUGACCCCAGUCGACCGCCUCAACUCCUCACUGGGAGGAAACGACACCUUUGAUUUCGACUGCGAGGAGGCCGUUCACCUCACACCGUUCAGAGACAAACACAAACACACCGAGACAGAACCAGAACCGCACGCUGCUGCAGCUGAUGGGAUGGAGAACAGCAGCCCAAUGGAGGAGCAGGAUGAGGAGAAGGAAGAGGAGGAGGAGACGCCGUACAUCCCCAACAGGAGAAUCCGGAGAGCCUGCAGUCCUGCAGCCAGACGAGCCCGAUCCAAACGCCACUCCAACAACAUGCAGACACACAGCACAGGGAAAACCAGCAGCCCAAUGGAGGUUGAGGAAGAGGAGGAAGAGCAGGAGGAAGAGGAGGAGACGCCGUACAUCCCCAACAGGAGAAUCCGGAGAGCCUGCAGUCCUGCAGCCAGACGAGCCCGAUCCAAACGCCGCUCCAACAACAUGCAGACACACAGCACAGGAAGCUGCUCUGCUGCUGCAGUGAUGGAGGAGCAGGACACAGCAGAUCUUCUGUUCACGUCUCCAGUCUGUGAUGCUGAGGAGAAGAGGAGAGCAUCUGACCUGCAGAGCGGCCCACCACAGCUGAGCUCAUCUCCAGCAGAGUCUCUGGUGUCCAUGAUGAGUCCUGCAGAGCCGGAGCUCCUGCUGCUCCAGAGCCCAGUGUUUGAGUUCCAGCAGAACCAGGAGAACCAGCAGCCACAGCCGGCCCGCAGGAGGACAGGCGGGCUGGUGCUUCGCUCCUUUCUGGGCUUGGCUUUGAGUGAUGUGAGUAAUGUGGUGUGUCCAGCAGCGCGUCAGACGUCCAGCAGCGCAGGACACACACCACAGAGCUGCAGACGCCAGCGCCGAGCCGCCAGCGCAGUCAACUACAAAGAGCCCUCCAUUAACACGAAGCUGCGGCGCGGUGAUAAAUUCACAGACACUCGUUUCCUUCGCUCUCCAAUCUUCAAGCAGAAAUCUUCAUCCCGCAGGAGCUCCUUCAAGAAGAUGGAGAUCUACAACGAGGCCUUCGUCGGCUGCAGAUGAAACUUCUCUUCCUUCAUCUCUCACUGCACAGCUCAUCUUUGCAUUACAUUUUUAAUCCAUUUUACCUUGAAGAUUUUUAAAUAGUAAAUAAUUAGCGCUGUCAAAUGGUCGACUGCAUCCACAUCAACAUUUACAACAUUUGGUAUAUGGUUUUGUGCAGUAUAAAAUGCUUGUAUUUAUAUAUAAAUGUAAGUAUUUUCUAUACAGUGUGUGCAUUAUACACGUGUGCAUAAAUACAUGCAUGUGCAGGUUGUGUAAAUGUAGUAUGUGAAGAAUCCUUUGGCAGCUCUAAAUGACUCUAGUGCUUUUAUGUCUUAUGAUUUUAGUUGUGACUAUAAUAAAGAUUGUUUAUAUCAA